AUGGAAGAAUUAAAAGCCUACAAAAGCCUUGAGGCUUAUAAUCAAGCUACUUGUGGUUGGCUAAAGAAAAUUGGGGUGAAGGUGUUUCCAUCUUAUAAAUUGGUAUUUGGCAAGGUAGGAUUGGGAGAAGUGUGUACCCAUAUAGGAGCUGUACUGUUUUCUUUGGAUGAAGCAGGAAGAUCCAGGGGAGAAGUAACUAGGACGGAGGUAAAGGCUUACUGGAUGCCUCCUACAAACAAACCAGCAGAUCCAUCAGCUACUGCCAAAAUUGAUUUCAGAACCGCAAAGCAAAAAUCCCAGGACAAACCCAUAUUCCAAAGAGAAGAAGUCAGAUUGGCUGUUCUUGCACCUUCAAAAGAAGACCAAAUGUCCCUUCUUGAAAAUUUGGAGCAAGCAGGGGGUUGUGCCUUGCAUAAUAUAAUCCCUCCAUUCUCCAAAGAAGUACCUACACAAGGAGAUUAA